AGGAUUAAGCUAGUUUUGUGUUUUUAAUUUUCUUCUUUCUACUUUGAUUUUGGGCACGAGACAAGAAAAAGACGCCGGCCUGUCCCCAUACGACGGUGACCUACUCCGUUGACAGCUCUUUGCGAUCUCCGAUCCAUCCGCAGUUUCUGCGUUAACCAAACUUGGCAGUUGAAACCCGUUUAGAAGGUUGUAUUGUCAAUAUGAUUGCUGCUUUUGAUCUUUCUGUCAAUCUCAAUUGGGUGCACGGAGGCCGUGGCGGCUGUGCUUCACUUGAGCAAACUCACAAAUUCAGUGUCAGAACGUCCUUUUUAACAAAAGAAAGAUGCAACGUCAACAAUUCAAGAAAAUGCGUUAUCCGCUCACCAUACAGUUCAUUAUCAAGUCCACAUCCAAUAGUGUCCUCCCACACAAGUGAAGUUGACAGUUCUCAUAGGACUGUAAAGGAAUCUACUUUGAUCUUGAUCAGGCAUGGGGAAUCAAUGUGGAAUGAGAAGAACUUGUUCACUGGUUGUGUUGAUGUGCCUUUGACCAAUAAAGGAGUGGAAGAAGCAAUUGAAGCUGGUAAGAGAAUCAAGUACUUACCUUUGGAUGUCAUCUACAUAUCGGCUUUAAUUCGUUCACAGAUGACAGCAAUGCUUGCUCUUACUGAACACCACUGCAUGAAGGUGCCCAUUAUUCUGCAUGAUGAGAAUGAAGAAGCAAAAACAUGGAGUCAAAUUCAUAGUGAAGAUACACAAGCACACUCUGUUCCUGUCAUUAAAGCAUGGCAACUGAAUGAAAGAAUGUAUGGGGAGCUUCAGGGUUAUAAUAAGCAGGAAACAGCUGAAAGAUAUGGAAAGGAACAGGUUCAUAAAUGGCGUAGAAGUUAUGAUGUUCGGCCACCCAAUGGAGAGAGUUUGGAGAUGUGCUUGGGAAGGGCUGUUACGUAUUUUAAAGAGCAUAUUGAACCCCAACUUAUGGCUGGAAAACAUGUGAUGGUUGUAGCUCAUGCAAAUUCAUUGCGGUCCAUUAUUAUGUAUCUUGAUGAAUUAACAUCUGAGGAGGUUAUUAACUUGGAACUAUCAACUGGUGUGCCAAUGUUAUACAUUUAUAAAGAGGGAAAGUUUAUCAGAAGAGGAAGUCCCCCAGGUUCAAUGGAAGCUGGUGUUUAUGCAUACUCUGAGUACCUGGCCUUGUAUAGGCAAAAAGUGGAUGAAAUGUCGGAAAACAGCUAGGAGUAUUAAAAGUGACGAUAGAAGAUCAAUGAAGUCCCCAAGUUGCAGUGGAAGAAAUGUCUCAUCCCAUUAUUUGAUCACAUUUUGUUGUUCAAAUAGAUGAGUGCAAGUGCAACAUCAUGCCCAACUUCUUUUGAUUAUUAACAUAUAUUCAUUUCAUUCUUUCCCUUCUCA